UCAAAGUGAACACCCUCUCCAUCAUGAGCACCAAACUGGUACUCUUCCUGUGCGUGGCGCUCUGCGGAGCCAUGGCAAUGGCUGUUCCCAUGAGGGAGAAUCUUCAGGUGGAGGACAGCCAGGAGCUAACCAGCGUGGAGGAGAACGACGCCGAGACAUAUCCAUCGACGUGGGGCAAGAUCUUUGACGGCGAAGGCAGCGCGGGAAACCUCAUCAUCUCGUUCCCCCACACCACCAGUACCACCACCAAGAAGCCUAAAACGAGCAAGCGGCCGAGCUCCUCGUAUCCAUCCAAGUACCCGUCCUACUCGCCUUAUCCACAAUACUCACCGUAUCCAUACUCCGGCUUCUAUGGACCUCCCCCACCACCGUAUCCGUAUCCAUAUCCGUAUCCGUAUCCCGGAUUUGGCGGACAUGGCGGACACGGCGAAACCGGCGGACAAACCGGCGGACAAACCGGCGGACAAACCGGCGGACAAACCGGCGGACAAACCGGCGGACAAACCGGCGGACAAACCGGCGGACAAACCGGCGGACAAACCGGCGGACAAACCGGCGGACAAACCGGCGGACAAACCGGUGGACAAACCGGCGGACAAACCGGCGGACAAACCGGCGGACAAACGGGCGGACAAACCGGCGGACAAACCGGCGGACAAACCGGCGGACAAACCGGCGGACAAACGGGCGGACAAACCGGCGGACAAACCGGCGGACAAACCGGCGGACAUUCCGGAGGACAUUCCGGCGGCCAUCACGGUGGAAAUCCCGGGUUCCCAUUCUACCCACCCUACUACCCGCCCUUCCCAUACUACCCACCCCCACCACCACUACCACCACCGAGCGAUGACUCCGGUGAAUCCAGCGAGACUCCCACCAAGAUCUGCAAGAAGAUCCUCGGCAUUGGACUCGUCUGCACGUAG